UUUCCGUGGCUUGUGCAUGUGUUGCGAAUGUCAUUACAUCAACUACCAUAACAUGAGUUAUUUUCCGAAAGGAGUGGUAAGCGCGGAAUAAUGAUCAGUUGAUGAGUUGACCUCUUGGUUUCGAGGAAAGCAGUAUAAAAUUGGCUUCUUUCGUCCCUCACUACUUACUAGCUGAAAUCAGAGUUGGUGCAACUCAGUGUCUUGAAAUGUCAUUUAACAAUGAAAGCCAAUGGGGAUCUUGGAAGUUAGAGGUCGGAAACCAAGGAGAAGCCCCAGUCACUAAACUCGACAGCGAUCCCAAUCCUCAAGUUGUUCAGGCAGACAGUUUGACGGAUAUGGUCACGUUUGAUGAAACUGAGGACUUCGAUUUUGAAAGGUUUGUCCAGGCUAAGUUAGAAUGCAUAAAAAUGGCUCCAACUAGUACCUCAGGUGGGUAACUUUGAUAAUAAAAAUUCAUUACAUUGAAAGUAAAUUAUUACUAGUUGCCACGUUUGCACUAUUUACGGGUUCAGUUCGUAAAAUUUCUGUAUGCAGUUAGCAGAGAUUAAGUAUAACUGAAUUGAGGUUACCUAUAUAUCUAUGGUAUGCCUUUCGAUGGUGUUCCAUUCUUGCUAAAAGUAUAAUUGGAUGAGUGUCAUUGUGUUUACUAAGUUAGAUACAGAUUCGAUCAUCUUAAAUUUGGAUUUGGAGAUUACAAUACGUGUUAAUAUCAACUUCAGUCAAUUUCCGUAUUAAAAUUAGCCUCAUUAACUCACAUCCAUUUCAAGUAUGUAGGCUACAAACUACUUAGUAAUUUUAUAUGACUGCCACAUUGUUUAGAACCAACCGAGCUCACCAAGCGGUCGUCUAUCCGGUGUUCAAGCUCCGGCCGCAAUGGCACUUCAAGAAAAAAGAAGAAAUGACCUAAAUAUCUCUGAACAUAACAGUUCCAAACCCUCUACAUUUGAUAUGUUUGCUGAAGAAUUCGAAGUCGAGCUGCAUCAUGCUCCGGGGACAAUGGCAUUGGGGGCUAUGGCCUCCGAAAAUCAUGCCCUCUCUGACAAUUGGGACGAUGCUGAAGGUUAUUACCGUGUUCGCAUUGGUGAAGUUUUGGACAAGCGUUAUGCCGUUUAUGGAUAUACUGGUCACGGAGUGUUUUCUAACGUUGUUAGGGCGAGGGACAGUGCUCGGGGCAAUUUAGAGGUGGCAAUCAAGAUAAUAAGAAACAACGAUGUAAUGCACAAAUCAGGUCUAAGGGAAUUAGAAGUCCUUAAAAAACUCAACGAUGCUGACCCACAAGAUCGUUUUCAUUGUCUGCGACUUUAUCGUCACUUUUUCCAUAAAAAUCAUCUAUGCAUGGUAUUCGAGUUGAUGAGUUUAAAUCUUCGCGAGGUUCUGAAAAAGUACGGACGUAAUAUUGGGCUGCAUAUCGCCGCUAUACGCUCAUACACUCAGCAGCUUCUGUUGGCUUUGAAGCUGAUGCGCAAGUGUGGUAUUUUGCACGCGGACAUCAAGCCUGAUAACAUACUUGUAAAUGAAAACAAAAUCUUGCUUAAGUUGUCUGAUUUCGGAUCAGCAUCUACUAUACAGGAUAAUGAUAUCACGCCUUAUCUUGUUUCACGUUUUUAUCGUGCUCCAGAAAUAAUUUUAGGUGUUCCUUACGACUACAAUGUGGAUUUGUGGUCUUGCAGCGUAACUCUAUUUGAGUUACAUACUGGACAAAUUAUGUUUCCAGGAAAGACUAACAAUGAAAUGUUGCGUUUAAUGAUGGAAGUCAAAGGACGUAUACCAGGUCGCGUGAUCCGCCGUGGAAUGUUUCGCGCACAACAUUUUGAUGAACAGUGCAAUUUCCUCUAUCAUGAAGUGGACAAAGUAACACAAAAGGAGAAAAUGACGGUAAUUCGUAAUUUACAACCGACAAGAGACCUAAUGACAGACCUUAUUGGUCAAUCAAAGCUGAGUGAACCAAUCUUCCGCAAAGUAACACAGUUUCGCGAUCUUCUGGAAAAAACUUUAAUGUUGGAUCCUACUCGUCGUAUUUCUUUAAAUGAAGCUUUGCAACACCCAUUUAUUACCGAACUGAAAGCUAACAUGUGUGAAUUGAAUUUACGACUAAUGUGUGAAUUGAUGGAUAAAAUUAUAUGUCCUGUCAGUGUACUUUUACUUGUGAUUACUUCCGCCAACAAAUCAGAAAGAGUUUAUGAUUUUAUCACUGAACAAGAUGUGAAGGGAUAUUCAAUACAAGAGACUAUUGGAUUUCGAACAUUUCAACAGAUGCAUAAUCCACAAUACAGAGAAUAUGAAAAUGGUUUCCCACCUGGUAUCUAUGGGUCUUCUAUUAUACCCACUACUAUAUGGUAUCAUUACUGGAGUUGGGAUACUUAUGAAGAUAUGUUUCCGCAUAAUGAAAAUAUGUACUUAGCUGAUGUGAAUUGGCCUCACAUAGUCACAUUAUGUGAUGAAACCAAACAUCCAAGAUGUUCAUGGGCUUAUUUUUUAGCUUUGAUGCAACCUACUUCUCAUAAUCCACACUUGCUGAAACAAAUAUUUGGGGAAGAGUUUGAGAGAUCAUCAAGUAAACACUUCAUUACACCAAUUAUACGUGGUGGGUGUUAUCGUUUAAGGACAAUAGAUCAAAUGAGUUUAAUAUACAUAUAUACUAUAUGUCAUCUUUAUGGUGAGGCAAAGGAAGCUAUUCCUGACUUAGAAGUAUGUCCAAAUCCAUGUAAGCGAAGACCUUGUCAUUAUAUUCAAAAUGCAGUUGGUGGUUCUUGUAAACGUCGUGGCUAUCAUAAAGAUGAUUAUGAAUGUUUAUGUGAAUCAGGAUACAAAUGGGAAAAGGACUUAUUAUCGUGUACCAUAAUUGAUACAUGCAAGUUGUUUUGUAAUCAUGAGACAACUGAAUCUUGUUUUUUUAAUCAAACAACAGGUGUAGCUAUAUGUAUUUGUAAAACUGGUUACACCGGAUAUGAUUGUAAUCAACCAUUCGACGCUUGCAUAUUUGAUACAACUUUGAAAAUGAAUCCGUUAGACGCUAGUCCAUAUAUACCAUCAGGAUAUGAAGCAUGUGGAGUUCUGUUAAAUCCAACUAAUAAAUGCAAUUCAAUGAAUGAUAUGUUAACUUACAAUUGUACGUGCAGUAUAGGAUAUACAAGAGAUUUGUCUUUACCAUAUGAUAAUUGUUUGAAACAAAAAGAUGGAUGUGAUACACAUUUAUGUUUGCAUGGUGAAUGUAUAAGUUCAAAAGAUCUUACUUACAGUGUCUGUGAUUGCGAGGAAGGAUAUAGAGGCGAAAAAUGCGAUAUACCUAGAAGUAUUUGGUCAGAUUGGUCAGAGUGGACAUUUUGUGAACAGGAUUCUGGAUCUACUGGACAGAGUACAAGGAUACGUUUAUGUUUAUCUGAAAAUGAAGAUGAUUGCGUGGGUGAAUCGGAACAGGUACGAUUAUGUGAACCAAAUUUAACUUGUACACAAAAUGCAUCCAUUUCAGAAAUAAUAUGGAAUGAUUUUUCACAAUGGAGUGAAAACGCAAUGUUAUACACUUUGGUUUAUGUGGGAUUCGUAGCUAUAUUAUUGAAAUUUCGAAAUCUGUAUAAGCAUCAUUGUCCAGAUUUAAACAAGACGUUAUGA